CUCCUGUGUGGAGCCAGGCAUAACGUUUUCCAUGGAAAACAGUUGUUUUUGCAAUAGAAGUGUUUCACAGCAAGUAGUAGCUUUUGAAGGAGACUUUUGGUGCCAAAACUGAAAUGUUUAACUUUGCAUUCUGCAAUGGCAGCAGGUUUUGAGCACAGCACUGAAGCGUUACGCUCACCCUCCCUUCAUCCUCCAGGGCUCCACAGGCAGAGAAGGCAGCGCAGCUCCCCCAGCUCCACGUCCCCAGGGAGCUGUAGCAGGCUCGUAGUCGUGCGUGCUCUGGCAGCAGCAUCCCUGCGGUACUCCCCUCCUCCUCCUCCUCCCCGCACCUGCUCUGCAGCUCUCAGCAGAGAUGAGCAGCAUCCCACGCUCGCGCUGCCUCUUCCUCGGGGCUGUCAGAUGAGAGCCGAUGCGAAGCCGUGGCUGGAGCAGCCACCUGCAUGCUCCUCGGAGGCCCCCGGGGAGCGUGGUGCGAGGGAAUGCUGCAAGCCUGGCCUCAUAAAUGGGCUGUGAUUUCAGGCCCAUGAACAAAUUGGUUUCCCCUUCCAGGAAGGCUCACAACUGACUAUUGCUGUAUUUAUUGCAUUGGCCUUUGCAACUAGGGACUCUUGAGGGCAAAGAGAAAGGGUUCCAGUGACAGGAAAGUAGGAGCAUUUGAACCCUUCCUUCAGCUGCAGCUGAGUGCCUCACCUGUGGGAACCAGACUUUGUUCUGGAAGCCUGAUGCAAUUCUGCUACGGAAUCCAGUGUUUCUUUUCAAAUGUGCAUGGAAGUGAUGGCAUCUUUUCCCUCAGGAGCACCCGGGGUGGUCUCACUGGCGUUAGGAGCUGCAUUGUUUGCAGGGAAAGCUUCAUCCUGCUGUUUCCAGGAACUGUAAUGCUGCACAGUAGUCACAGCCUGUGCAUCAUGCAGCUGGUGGCCAGCCUGGUGUCCGUUCUGCUGCUGGUGUGGAGCGUGAGAGCCACGGCACUGCCUGGAGACGAGAGACUCGCAAUACAGAGCACCAGGGAACAGAGCACAGUGCGGAAAGACGCCAUCCUGAAGAUGCUGGCGGGCCUGCUGGACGGCGUGGACAUGGGGCGCGAGGUGGCCUCCCCAGCCGUGGAUGAGGAGGAGGGCAAGGUGGAGGAGGAGAGGGCAGUGCUGGGGCGCCUGGCGCAGCUAUCGCCGAGGGACCGCAAAGCUCCCUGCAAGAACUUCUUCUGGAAAACCUUCACCUCCUGCUAGUGCCGCCCAGCCCGGCCCCACCGGCUCACUGCCCACCAACACCCUCCCCUCCCCUCGGCUGCCCCGGCCCCCCGGCUCCCUUCCUUUUCUUCUUCACCCCUCAGAAUAAAGCAUGGCGCCUCGGGG